UCAGGCUGAGUCUCCGUCUCCAUCAACAAACACCUAUUCCUCUACCCCGGGAUCUUCCCAACAGCACCAUGUGAAUUUGACAGUGUCAUUUUCUUUCGGCCUUUUCGAUUCGCAUGAAAGUGCUAGUGCUUUCCUUUCCGCGACAGAAGGUGGAUGGUCGGCUCUGUUUCCAGAUUUUCUCAACUCUGGAAUCGGAAGACUGAGUACAACCAAAGAUGGGAAUCUUCCAGAGAAUCCCUUUGCGCAUCGUGUCAACGGCUUAGAACUAUUCGAAUUGACACAACAGACAAUGCGGGGAUUAAGUACUAGUGACAUCAAUGUCGCUGAAAUUUCUGUCAUGGCCUCAUUAGCAGAGGAUGGUGGAGCAGUUGGUGUUAAUAAUGCUGAAAUGACCACAGAUGAAAGUCCAUCACCUCCUCCAGAUAAAUCUUCAUCGAGUCCGUCACCGUCUAAGCCUCUCAGUGACCUACCUCUUCUUUCAUCCUCCACUUCUUCUACGACCACAUCUUCUACAACCACGCAAGAACCGCGAGAUGCGUUCGAAGUGUGCGGCAAGCUAGAAUUUCCCCAAUCUUUGCAGUUACUCCACGUUUCUCUCACCGAAGCUGAAGUGGGUUGCAAAUCACCGGACUACUUUCCCGAUUACCAUGUGCUCACCAAGGGCACGAAUAUGAACGCUGUAGAAGUGCUACUCUGUGAUGCUACGACAAGGAGGUGGCACUUAUCACCCUCCUCCUCUUCUCCUACCUCUUCUUCAGCCAAUGAAGGUGUAGUCUCAUCCACCUCUUCUAUCUCCCCUUCCACCUCCUCUUCUUCCUCCUCGUCAACUUUCCUCGACCUAGCAGAGAUAGGUGGUCGCUGUCGCACAGCAAGACCAUGCGGCGCAAGUUCGAUGUCUCAGCUUCGCGGAUUCGGCACUCCUGUCUGUGCAGGAACCAGCGUCACUGCAGACACCGUAGUGAUGCCAGGCAGUGUCUGUACUACAACGUGCGCUCAUGACCAUACUCCAGUUGUCGUGUCCUCUAAUGGGGUUUCUUCUUCGUCUUUGUCCUCGUCCUCCCUCUCUAGUGCCACAACUGCAACAGGAUCCUUGAUAUGCGAAGAUGGAUAUUUUCAUCUUGUUCAUCAGGAUGCCACCAGUAGUGCCAGUAUCUCCGCGAAUUCCGCUUCAUCAGACAGUGGCUCUCGUUUGAUCGGAUGUACACCUAAACCGGCUUCGUCUGCAGUCACCUCCAGCACAGAUUCAAAAGCAGUUCAAAAUGGCAGUGGUCCUUCUGCUGAUAUCGACACGAGUACGACACCUUCCACCGGCACUGCAUCACGACCACAGUCCCAGCCCCUAUUCGAGAAUAUCAGUGUCCUAAGCGGAAAAUUGACCCUGUUGGUCGCGAUGGAAGCGUUCUUUGCAAUUCUCCUGCAAGAGUUUGGCGAAACUGCUAGCCCCUCUCCACCUUCAUCAGAAGCCGACUACCUUUCUUUCUUCCAGACUCAUGUGCAACACUCUCCGCUUUUCCGAGAGAUCAUUGCUGGUAGUCUCGGUGCAGAUGGACCCAGUAUGACAGAUACGGUCGUCAUCCAUGAGUCGCAUUUUGUUUCGCAGCAAGACUAUCACGACUCAAUGAGCGACCACUUGCAGACUAUGAGCACUCGGAGGGUGCUUUCCUCAUCAUCUACUUCCAGAGAGCUUUCAUCCACAUCAACUUCCACGACGAAACAACUCGAGCUAACGUUUGAGUAUCGAGCACGGGGUGACGAUGCGGGUCAAAGGGUGCUGAAUAUCAGGAAUGAUAUGAUCCAAACAUCAGCUACAGUCAAAGCGGAACGUUUUAGGACGUCAUUUGAUAGUGUCCUUUUUGAGAAAAAUAGUAAUAGUGGGACUGGAUCUGGAACAGGAAGUGGUGCCCAACAAGAAACUGGCAGAACAACUUCCGACAUUCUCCUUGAUUUCCAAGUCCCCCUGCAGCAUGUCCAAGUAAGAAAUGCUGUUUUCUCCGUGAGUAACAAGUGGAUUCCGCUAGUUUGGUCGCCUUGUACUGCAGGUUGCGGUUCCGGUGUGCAUGAACGGCAGCUGGUCUGUCCGGAUGUGGUGUUUCAGCUGGGAGACUAUUGUCCUCAAACACCUGACAUGAUGUCGAUGAAGACAAUGCAGAUGUCUUCGACUUCCUCCUCAUCCGCUGCUUUGCUCCUGGAAACGGAAACUUGUAAAUCCUAUUCCGGUUGUGGAUUUCAAGAGUGCCCUUUGCGAGCUGAAGACAUCUUACCAUGUGCGGACCAGGCAGUCGCUUUGCGGUCGAGCGUGUUGGGCAUUCUUGCUCUUUUGAUCGGAUUCAACGUCAUUUACUUCUAUCGCGGAUGCCGCAGACCUAGGAAAGGACGGCAACAGAUCACAGAUGCAGGGAGGAUUGCAUGGAAGACGGUGUUGGAUGAGAAGACUGGGAAAUUGAGAGUCAUUUGGGAUGUCGCGAAUGCGAAGAAGGAACUGGAUAACUACACAGCAGAGCAGUCUUCAUCUGGAACAAAAGGAAAAGUACUCGACGAAGAUGACGAUCAAGCAACAGACGCGAAGGUAAAGAAGGUAAAGCCUUUGGAUAAGAUCGAUGAGGAUCAUGUUGCUGAUUUUCGGCAAGAAGCAGACGGGGAGCUAAAGCAAGUUGUCGUGGACGUGGAGGGUCCUCGUCAAGACGAAAUUUCUGUGAAAAAAGAGAAGCUUCCGUCACCGACAGAAAAAGUAUCGGAAAUUUCCACCACUGAUUCCAGACUGUUGGAUGGUGCAGAACAGCUUCCAUUGGAGGGAUUUUUACAGUUGUUAAGGGUGGUGUUGACCUAGUCCUCCUCCUCAGUACUAUGUGUAGAUAAAGUAGUAGACAGCCACAUCCUAUUAUAACAUCUCUCCUCAGGUACGACCUGUCCUAGAUUUUUGAGUCUUCAGCCGUCACACUCACACAGUAAAUAAAGCCAACAAAAAAGCUACAAGACCCAGCACCUUUCCAGCUUGUUUCUUCCCAUCUUCCCAUAUCACAGGGAUGUUGCGCUACGAGGGUGCUUUCUUCUGAAGUUCAACGUUUACUACAAGAACAAGAAUACCAACAGAUGGGUUCUACAACCUGGGUUUACGACUUUUGAUAUAUAUUCUAAUGGUAGCCAAAAUCGAUCCUCCUCCACGUGAAUACUUCGCCUCUGGUGCUCGGUUGGAGUACUUCAGCCAGCGUUUCUCAGCGUGGAUUCCUUGCCAGAUGUCAGCAUGGAACAGAUCGACGAACACCUGCUCGAUCAUCAUCCAAGCCAGACAACAAAAACCGAAUAUCGACUUUCUACGUUUGAUUAAGGCCAAGAUUAAGAUAUUAUAUAUAGAAUCCAUGUAUGUGUGCGUGUGGUCCAUCUUCCUUGUUUUCCGAUAAGGCCAAGAUUUCAAAUUAAAAUCCAUGUAAUAUUUAAUAUAUAAAUCCAUCUUGUUCUCCGACAUGAUCUUGUUUUCGUUUUGGAGGGAUGAACAAAAGAACCAUCAAGAGACUAGCUGAGAUGAAUUUGCUCAUGGUCGUCUAACUUGAGGCCUCAGCUGCAGCCAGGCGAAUUGUGCCAAGUUUUAGUAGAGGUUUCGACACCCUUUCGAUCAGCGUCAUGGGUGGGACCUUGUCGCGUCGUCAAGGCACUGAACGGGUUUCGAGGAUAUUUGGUAUCGCCGGCUAGAAAAAGACGGAGCUACUCUGAAGAGGAGGAUUUUUCUGCUAGUGCUGUACUACUGACUAAUAGAGAAGAUGAAGAUGAACAUCGGCAUCAACACGUCCUCGAUGGUGAGGAGGUACCUGCUAAACGAAAAAGCGGGGUUUCUUUUGCAACAGCACCAGCAGAAUUGAAAAGUAAAGUUAAGGCUCGGACUCUUGUUCUUCAUUUGCCUCAAUCAAUGAAUGAAAUGUUUGGAAAGCUGAAGUAGUUGUGACAAAAUGUAAUUGGCUUCAUGUUUAUUCUGCUGAGCAGGAGCUCCUCUAAUCAGAACCCCACAGCGACUUUUCCAGCCUCUCCGGAUGAAGAGAACACCAGAAUAAACCCGGCGAAUGAAAAAAACGGUGGAACCUUCCGUGUGGACCUAGGCAGAAUCCGCCGUUUGAUACGAAAAGGCGAUGAAGUGCUCAUUCUAGAACAGCAACAGCGCUGGCGUCAUGCCAAAGUGCUACGAGGGAUGAGAAAAGUAAUGCCAGCCACAGAAGAAGAAAUUCAAAGCACUCUGAAUGCACAGAGUGCUGGCGGUGGCGGUGCCUCUUCGAGUGCUGCGUCGUCUUCUGGAGCUCCGUUUAGUGCAAGAGGACGCUCUGGCUCAUUGCCGCUGUAUAGAGCAGGCUAUCCUGACAGUGAUGGAGACGCAACACCUAGAGCGGCUCUGAUGGAUCGGGGUCGGGCUGGCAGUCUUGAUUUUCUGGGUGGCUCUUCGGCAACAUCGACAAAGGUGGGAAUGGACCACAACAUCAAAGGUGGCAUCGAUCUUACUACCACCACUGGGUUUGACGAACUGAAAAGGAUCUUUGGCACGCCGUUGAGGAAAAUGACCGGUGGUAGCUCAUUACCACCUGAUAGCACUGACAGCACCCCUAGGGCAGCUAGUACUGUUGGUGAGAGAACACCUAGGUGGAUGAGUUCAUCAACAACUGUAGGCGGGAUCGGGAAUCAAGCAAGUGAAGAUAGUCUUCUUGGCCGAGUACCACGAGGAGGUAGCUCUGGGGGAGGUCCGCAGUUUCUUUUGCCAUCACAGUACACUGUCCUGUCCUACUUCCCGAAAGUGCAGCACAAGGGAGCAGUUGCAGCAGCUCCUGAAGCGGCAGAAUCUACACCAGCCCCUCAACAACAAGGUCCUCAGGUUGUAUCGUCGUCUUCGUCAUCGAGAAGUCGUUUACCGUCGAAGCAGAGCACAGCUACCUCUACAUUGGACUUUUCUUCUGCAGAAGAGCAAGAUCAUCAGCCAGCAGCACCUCCGCUUUUGGAUGGUAUGACUAUAUCUGUGGACUACUUGGACCACGUCGAACAACAAGUGACUGUGAACAGUCAGAAUCCUAAACUACACUUACCGACAGACAUAUGCCUUUCGUCCUGCGUUGUGUUGCCAAGACGAGGUGUGGAGGGGAAGUGAGGAGGAUGAUGAUGAAAGGAUUUUUUUAUGGUCAAUAGUUGUGAUAACCAUAGUGAAGAUCGAACAUUUGUGUAGGUGUAAGUAAGUGUGACAACGAUAAAAGUUAUUCUAACUGUCAUAAGAAUUGAGGCUGAAUGAAAUAAGAGUCGCUACCAAAUCACCGUGGAAAAUUAGUCCACCUGUAGAUACAUGAAAAGAAUGAAUACUUCUUCAGACACGUCAUUUAGAUUUAGAUGAAUAGGGAAAAGCCACUUUGUUAAGAGGGAAAUAUGUUAUAAGCACCAGCUUCAUUAAGGAUAAGGUAGUGUGAAUAGAAGAAGCCAAGCUUGAUGACAGGCUUUUGCACUUGUAAGGAUAGACACGCCGUUGGCAGCACCUUGAAGCACGACCACAUUAAGAUUUUGCAGACAUCAGAUUAUAAGCAGACGACAUGGACAUAAGCAUGGCGGUGCAAGAAAGAGUCUUCAUAGGGUAGAA